AUGGCAAGCAGGCGAAAAUCAACAACACCCUGCAUGGUCCUUGCCAGUGAACAGGAUCCAGACCUCGAGUUGAUAUCAGAUUUGGAUGAAGGGCCUCCUGUACUCACGCCUGUAGAAAACAGCAGAGCAGAGAGCAUCUCAAGUGAGGAAGAAGUUCAUGAAUCUGUGGAUUCUGACAAUCAGCAAAAUAAAAAAGUUGAAGGUGGUUAUGAAUGUAAAUAUUGUACUUUUCAAACUCCAGACCUAAAUAUGUUUACUUUUCAUGUGGAUUCAGAACAUCCCAACAUAGUGCUAAAUUCCUCCUAUGUUUGUGUUGAAUGUAAUUUUCUCACCAAAAGGUAUGAUGCACUUUCUGAGCAUAAUCUGAAGUACCACCCAGGAGAAGAGAAUUUUAGGUUGACUAUGGUGAAACGAAAUAACCAGACAAUCUUUGAACAAACUAUAAACGAUCUGACUUUUGAUGGUAGUUUUGUUAAAGAGGAGAACUCGGAGUCGGCUGAAUCUACAGAAGUUUCUUCUUCAGGAAUUCCUAUCAGUAAAACUCCCAUCAUGAAAAUGAUGAAAAAUAAAGUGGAGAACAAGCGUAUUACAAUUCAUCAUAACUCAAUUGAGGAUGUUCCUGAAGAGAAAGAGAAGGAGAUCAAACCAGACCAUGAAGAAAGUGUGGAAAAUCCUAGUUCUUCAGCUUCUGACUCUAAUACCAGUACUUCCAUUGUCAACAGAAUACACCCAAAUGCUGCCAGCACGGUAGUGACCCCAGCAGCAGUUCUUCCUGGACUAGCACAGGUGAUAACCGCUGUGUCAGCUCAGCAGAAUUCCAAUUUGAUUCCCAAAGUCUUAAUUCCUGUUAGUAGCAUUCCUACCUACAAUGUUGCAUUGGAUAACAACCCCCUUUUGCUUAACACCUACAAAAAAUUCCCUUAUCCAACCAUGUCAGAAAUUACUGUUCUUUCCGCUCAAGCAAAAUAUACAGAGGAACAGAUCAAGAUAUGGUUUUCAGCCCAACGUCUAAAACAUGGUGUGAGCUGGACUCCUGAGGAAGUAGAGGAGGCAAGAAGGAAGCAGUUCAACGGAACAGUACACACUGUACCUCAGACCAUAACUGUUAUUCCGACACACAUUUCCACAGGGAGUAAUGGCUUACCAUCCAUUUUACAGACAUGCCAAAUAGUUGGUCAGCCAGGCCUGGUUCUUACACAAGUAGCUGGAACAAACACCUUGCCGGUAACAGCACCGAUAGCCUUGACAGUGGCAGGGGUGCCAAAUCAAAGCAGUGUACAGAAAAGUCAGGGCCCUGCUGCUCAGCCUCCUGCAGAAACAAAACCAGCAGCAGCAGCCACAGCAGCAGCAGCGGCAGCAACAGCAACAGCAGCAGCAGCCACAGCAGCAGCAGCAACAGCAACAGCAACAGCAACAGCAGCAGCAACAGCAGCAGCAGCAACAGCAGCAGCAGCAGCAGCAGCAGCAGUCCCAACUUCUCAGCCUGUCAAACACGAAACCACACUGGCAAACCCCGAUUCAUUUGGCAUUCGGGCAAAAAAGACUAAAGAGCAACUGGCAGAAUUAAAAGUCAGCUACCUUAAAAAUCAGUUUCCUAAUGACUCAGAAAUUAGCAGACUUAUGAAAAUCACAGGCUUGACAAAAGGAGAGAUUAAAAAAUGGUUUAGCGACACGAGGUACAAUCAGAGAAAUUCAAAGAGUAAUCAGUGCUUACAUCUCAACAAUGAUUCCUCCACUCCCAUUAUUAUCGACUCCAGUGAUGAAACCACGGAAUCCCCAACUGCUGUUACUUCACAGCAUAAACAAUCCUGGAAUCCUUUCCCCGACUUUACUCCCCAAAAGUUUAAAGAAAAGACAGCAGAGCAGCUCCAGGCCCUUCAGGCCAGUUUUCUCAACAACUCCGUACUGACAGAUGAAGAAUUAAAUAGGUUAAGAGCGCAAACCAAACUGACCAGGAGAGAAAUUGAUGCUUGGUUUACAGAGAAGAAGAAAUCAAAAGCUUUAAAGGAAGAGAAAAUGGAAAUAGAUGAAACCAAUGCAGGUAGUUCCAAAGAAGAAGCGGGAGAAACUUCUCCUGGAGAUGAAUCUGGUGCGCCUAAGGCAGGGAGUGCAGGCAAGAUAUGUAAAAAAACACUUGAGCAAUUGCACAUGCUCAAAAGUGCAUUUGUCCGAACCCAGUGGCCGUCACCAGAAGAGUAUGACAAGUUGGCCAAAGAAAGCGGGCUUGCUAGACCAGACAUAGUUAGUUGGUUUGGGGACACCCGUUAUGCUUGGAAAAAUGGAAACUUAAAAUGGUACUACUACUAUCAAAGCUCCAAUUCGAGUGGUAUGAAUGGUCUGUCUUCCCUUAGGAGAAGGGGGAGAGGAAGACCCAAAGGAAGGGGAAGAGGAAGGCCGCGCGGGCGGCCUAGAGGAGGCAAGAGAAUGAACAACUGGGACAGGGGGGCGUCACUCAUAAAAUUUAAAACUGGAACUGCAAUACUUAAGGAUUAUUACCUGAAGCACAAAUUUCUUAAUGAGCAAGACCUUGACGAACUUGUUAACAAAUCACACAUGGGCUAUGAGCAGGUCAGAGAGUGGUUUGCCGAAAGACAGAGAAGAUCAGAGUUAGGUGUAGAGUUAUUUGAGGAAAAUGAGGAGGAAGAUGAAGUUGUUGAUGAUCAGGAAGAGGAUGAAGAAGAAACAGAUGAUAGUGACACCUGGGAACCCCCACAACAUGUGAAGCGGAAGCUUUCUAAAUCAGAUGACUGAAAUCUGCCUAAAACGUUGGAGGAGAAUCAAUUCUUCAACUCAAGCUGUCUGAUUUACUGUGAAUGGGCCCAAUCUUUAUGACACUGAAACCCUUUGGGAGCAUACACAUUCUCAAAAAAUAGGAUCCAGUACCCAAAAGAAAUGGAACUUAAUGUUGUGCCAAAGUUAAACUACUGCAGCUGGUGGAAGUUCUGCAAUGUAAAUAGAACACAUUAAAAAACAACUUGUAAAAAUUCAAAUUUUAAUACAUUUUUAUUCUGAUAAGAUGGAGACAUUCUGAUUCUUGGACUUUCAGAGGGGGUUUAAUGACCACUAGAGCUUGUCCUCAUAUUUUGUCUAGUGUAAUACUGUAUAUCUGGUGAGAUGGACCUUAUUGUCUGUAUUCUCUGAUAUGUUAUUAGGCUUAUACUUUGAGUGACCAAAAAGUUCCCAGAGUAAAAAUUGUUGGAAACAGGAAAAAGAAAAACCUGAUUUAUUUCUGUCAUUUAUCAGGCCCUGCAUGAAGAUUAAAAGUUAUGCAUGGGCUUAUACAUUUUCAAUGUAAGUGAAAAUACAGCCUUUUGAUACAUGUUGGCACAAUAAGAUUUUGAGGUAUUAUUGGCCCUUAAUGAUUAGAUCUUUCAUGGAUACCACUAUUACUACUUGUAAUGCUUCUGUUACUUGUUUUUAUUCGAAGCUGAAUUGGAUUUUUAUUAAACUGAAGAUAAUCAACACUGAAAAAGGAAAAGAAACUGGCAUAAGAAUUUGGAUGGGGUGAGCCUCUGAAAUAAAUGCUAUGCCAAUCGUAUGGAAAUCAAAUGUUUGUACAGGUGUCAGAUCAGAAUUUUCAAGAAUUAUCUUUCAGUGAAAUUCAACUUUGUGUAAUAACUUCAGUGAAUAGAAAAAAAAUUCUUAACUGAUCAUAAUGAAUUAAAAGUCAGCUUUUCAGGAGACUGAAAGUUCCUACUAACUUAUAAACCUUGUAAAAACUGGUGCUGUUCAUUCAUGUUGAGAAGGACCCUUUCUUUUGUGACUAGGGGACCAUUUUUCAAAAUGUGCUUUCUUCAUAGAAGAAAUGUUCAGUUCAAUUAGCUUUGUAUUUUAUUUUAUUUAUUUUCAUUUACUUUUAUUCCUCACCUGAGGACAUGCUGAGAGAGAGAGAGAGAGAGAGAGAGAGAGAGAGAGAGAGAGAGAGAGAGAGAGAGAGAGAGGUUGCCUUCUGUAGGGCAUGUGCCCUGACCGGGAUUGGAACCAGCAACCUUUCGGUGCACAGGACAGUGCUCAACCAACUAAGCCACUCUGGCAGGGCUCCGUUAGCUUUGUGUUUUAAAAUGUUGGGGUUUUUUGUCUGUUUUUUUCUGAAUGACCAGAUGUAGUGGGCUUGGCCAGUUUAAUCUAAUUUAAUGGAUAAUAAAUAUUAAUCUCAUGUUUUUACCUAAAUGUUUGUCAGCUAAUGAAAAUGUUAUGAAAAAGCCUUGAAUAUGCAUGCUGCUUUCAUUUUUAUAAACUUUUCAUUUUUUAACUAUAGCUUUAUUAGUAAUUCCAAAAUGCUGCCGUUUAGCUGAUUUCUUCGCUCAGACAGCUGGCUUUGUGGGUGGCUUUUUCAUACUACUGUUAACUUUUUUAAAAGAAGCAAUGUAAAGAUUGUAACAAUUUAAUGCACUAAACUGUUCUUUCUUUUACACAUUUAAAAACUUAAAGCUCUCUGUAUUAUAAUAAUUAAAUUGCUCCCUUUUUUAAACCUU